CUUUUGCUUGUCAUGUGGUUUAAAAACUUCAGGAGGAUGGCGCGGAAAGUUGUCACGCCACACAGCGUAGCUCUCAGUUUAUGAAAGUUUUGUUUACAUUUUCUUCGGGCGGUACUGACUCGUUAUCUGUCAUCAUGAGUGUGUUGGAGGUGAAGUUCAUUGGUGAUGGAGAUGCUCUGGAGCAUAUCGUGGACAAACCGGAGGGUGUGCAGAGCAACAGUGGGUCUGUUCAGAAGAUGGUAACGUUUAAAAGCCAAGCUGGACGACGGACCAUAGUGGAUGCAGAACAUGAUGGGGACGAAAAUGAAGUCCUUGAUGAGCAGAACUAUGUCCAAGCUUUAGGAACAGACAAUGCAGAAGAAGACGAGGAGGGUAUGUACAGAAUGGCUGGAUCCUCCAUUUUCACCUUUCAGAAAGGCAAACGUGGACACAGCAUGGCCCAGACUGCAAGUGAGUUGGCUCGGACUCCUGGGAAAAGCGUGACCUUCAGCACAACCCCCAACAUUGAACCCUCGACUCCCACCCGAACAUGCCGCAACCACAGAGGGGAAAGCAGGACACCUCAGAGGAGCAAGAAGGUUCAGUUUGUCUCCACAACACCCCACAGGCUCAGGAAGAGAAUGACAACUCCGAGCAUCCGAUCAGACAGCGAUAGCGAGCUGUCGCCCUCUGACUCUGGGGAAGAGGAGGAUGAAGAUGGGAUAGAGGAAGAGCAGAAAGUAAAGAAAGAAGACCAGGAGAACUUGAAGACUCUAAGAACACCCAGUAAAGGUUCAUCUGCAGCUCUCUACAAGACUCCUGCCAAGAAGAGCAAGACCGCUUCUGAAGUACCCAAUCAGCCCAGUAUGAUUGAGGAGUAUUUUGAAGCCCAUGGCAGUUCAAAGGUCUUGACAUCAGACCGCACGCUAGAGCGUUUACACACACCUAAACUUGACAGGGAGACGUUGGUCCAGCUUUUAGAAGGAAAGCUGUCCUGCUGCUCCAAAGAGAUCCAGCAGCUCCACAACAAACACCGAAAGCACUUUAGCAAAUGGAUGUUACAGUUACAGUUGGGAUUCAGUGUGCUGGUCUACGGUUUGGGCAGCAAAAAAUCUCUGCUGGAAGACUUCCGUGUAUCUCACUUGGCUCAGGAAAUCCACCUCGUGGUCAAUGGAUUCUUCCCUUCCAUUACUCUUAAAUCAAUCCUAAAUGCUUUGACGUGCGAGGUUUUAGAGCACCAGGGAAGUUUCCGGACCCCCUCAGACCAGAUCCAGUACAUCGCUCAGACUCUCAAAGACAGCCCAGAUCUCCAUGUAUACCUGCUAAUCCAUAAUAUCGACGGACCAAUGCUGCGAGGAGAGAAGACCCAGAGUGCACUGGGGCAGCUGGCAUCCCUGCCCAACCUGCACUUGGUGGCUUCUUUAGACCACAUUAACGCUCCACUGGUGUGGGACCAGUUUAAGCAGAGCCAGUUUAACUGGUUGUGGUGGGAGUGUGUGACCUUUCAGCACUACGCAGAGGAAACGUCAUAUGAAAACUCGCUCCUGGUGCAGCAGACUGGCGCUCUCGCUCUGUCCUCCCUUACACACGUGCUACGCAGCUUGACACCCAAUGCAAGAGGAAUUUUCAAACUGUUGGUGAAAUUCCAGCUGGAAAACAAAGAUAACCCUUCAUACACAGGAUUGUCAUUCCAAGAUUUCUACCAGCGUUGUCGCGAGGCGUUCUUGGUGAACUCUGACCUCACACUGAGGACCCAGCUGACCGAGUUCAGAGACCACAAACUGAUACGGACACGCAAGGGUGCAGAUGGUGUGGAGUACUUAAUUGUUGCCGUGGAUGCAAGCACGUUGAUGGAUUUCCUGGAGAACGAAGAGGGUGACUGAGCGGAGAAGACUUUAGACUUGUCUCACUUAUACUUCAUCCACUGACUUUACCAGAAAAUGGAUAUUUUGGUUGAAUCGGUCACUGAUAUAAAGGCCCAUGAGCUUAGCUUUCAGGCUCUACAGUUUAAAUGAAUGGCUUGAAUCUAAUUAUUGGUGAAUUGUUUCACUUCACGAAAUGCCCCAUUAUAGCUCUUCACAUCUUGUGUGUUUUGAUGCAUCACGUUUUCAGCUAACAUCUGUAAUUAAAUUCCACACAUAAGGA